CUUCACCAUACAGCCACUACAGCCACUACAGCCAUACGAGUUCAUAGAGCCAAAUGAACCAAUUAGAUUCCAGGUAAUUAAUGCCCUAUCAUUGCCCCAGAAAAAACUUUACCAACGCUGCUGCUGCUGCUGACAUUCGAUUCAAUGCGCCGCCGCAAACCUCCAAAUUACAACAUCAAAAUUAGGUGGGAUGAUAAGUUAUACCAAGUAAUACCCAAGCAAAUUCUAGCGAUGCCAUUGGCCAGGUGAUUGGUUGCAGUAUUUCAAAGAUGAAGCUUCGUCAACAACCGAUAUGGCAACUCGAGCGCUAUCUUAAACCACACUCGAAUCCUUUCUCCCCACAGCUCAGAUCCUUGCGGUCCAUAUCAACAAUAUCAACGAUACCAAGAAUACCCUCUCCGUCGCGAGUCUCGAACACAUCACUCAGAUGUACAGCCUUACGAUGUAGACCAAGAUCUACUCGUACCUAUUCCACGGCUGUUUCUGCCUCCGACCUCCUCUUCGGCCAACCCGUCCAUGAAACUCACCCACAUAUCCUUGCGCCUGGCGAACUCACACCGGGUAUAACAGCACAAGAAUAUCACGAUCGUCGUGCGGCCCUCUGCCAUUCCCUACCUCCGAACUCCGCCGUUCUUCUCCCCGCCGCAACCCUCAAAUACCGGUCUGGUGCCGUUUUCUUCGCCUUUCGCCAGGAGUCCAACUUCCUAUACCUUACAGGCUUCUCCGAACCCGAAUCUCUCGCCGUACUAAGGAAGACCGGCGACGAGCUUGGUGACUACACCUUCCAUUUAUACUGCAGGUCGAAAAAUCCAAAAGAAGAGCAAUGGAGCGGCCCUUGGAGCGGAGUUGAUGCUGCGAGAGAUGUGUGGAAUGCGGACGAAGCAGACGAUAUCACGCGAGUGGACAGAACAUUAGGUUCAGUUCUACAGGGCGCAGAGAGAAUAUUCACGGACGCUGAACUGUCACAGAACGGGGCGCCUACAAAAGUAGGCAACCUAUUGUGUUCAGUGGCCCCCAAGGCGAGUGUAUCACCCCUAAGGCCUCAUGUUAACGCUCUCCGUGCCAUCAAAUCCCCGGCAGAAAUCGCCAAUAUGAGGCGCGCAGGUCAAGUAUCCGGUAGGGUCUUGACGGAAGCCAUGCGGCGGCCGUGGAAGUAUGAAAACGAAUUGGCUGCGUUUCUAGGUUACCAAUACCAAAUGUCUGGUCUAGACGGGCAUGCGUAUAUCCCUGUUGUAGCUGGAGGUUCAAAGGCAGUACUCAUCCACUACGUCUUAAAUAAUGGCACGUUCAAUGACUCGGAGUUUGUACUCGUGGACUCUGGUGGCGAGUACGGAACAUAUAUCACUGAUAUAACAAGAACAUGGCCUGUUUCGGGGAAGUUCAGUCAGCCGCAGAAGGACUUGUAUAAUGCUGUUCUUCGCGCCCAGCGAUCAUCCAUCUCGCUCUGUCGCGCGAGCGCCAAUGUCACUCUCGACAAAUUACACCAAAUCACGGAUAAUGCCCUCCGCGAUGAGCUCCAAAUGCUCGGCUUCAACCUAAGAAGCCAAGACGCCAUGGGAACGCUCUUCCCACAUCAUGUUGGGCACUACAUCGGGCUCGAUGUUCAUGAUACUCCCGGCUACCAGCGAAACAUAACGCUGCAAAAGGGUCACUGCAUCACGAUCGAGCCCGGCAUCUACGUGCCCGACGACAGCAGGUGGCCCAAGGCCUUCCGAGGUAUGGGUAUUCGAAUCGAAGAUAGUAUAUGUGUGGACGACGAUAGCCCCUUAAACCUAACUGCGGAGGCGGUUAAGGAGAUUGAUGACAUCGAAGCAUUAAGAAACUAGACGAUAUUCACGACAGUGAAUUGUAUACCUACCUACCUAUA